UGACGUCACUGCAGGCUGCCAUAAUGGGGUUGCAGCUGUUCAGGGAGCAACAAUAACAAGAUCGGCGAGCUUCUGUACAAACACACUUCAGUAGAAACCCCCUUACGAGCAAGAUUUCUGUGGCUUCGCCAUACCAUUGAGCACCCCGAACCACAGCUUCUUGUUGCAGAGGUUCCCGGCAAGAUAGCUCUGGCCUCCGCUUCCUCCUCUUCCGACUCGGAAACCGGCGGAGCUUCGCCGCCCCCGCGGAAGAAACACCGUUUAUCGGUGGCGGAGGGAGCAGGAGAGACUGGGGAUCCAAGUCGGACAGCGGGCCUCUCUGCGGUUGUUGUGGAACUCUCUACUUUUUCGCCCAAUCCCUCCGUGUCAGCCGUCUGCUUUAACCCAUACACUAUCACGAACAACAGCAUAAGUAACAUGCAGGCAAACGGGGCAGGACAGGGACAAGACUCGGAGCUGUCCUGCCUAAAUAAUACCCAAAACGGAGACUCGACGUCCACUGGGGGAGCGCACUCAAACGGCCUUAUAGCCACAACAAAUAAUGGAAAUGCAGUUAGUACUAACAACGGCAUCGUUUCCACGGGGAAUUCAGACGCUUCUAAUGCCUCAACCUCUAACUCUGAGCAAGGCUCUUCGAUGAAAAAGAAGAAGCGUCUUUCGCAGUCAGAGGAAGAUGUCAUCCGACUCAUAGGGCAACAUCUACACGAUUUAGGGCUGAAUCAGACGGUCGAUCUGCUCAUGCAAGAGUCUGGUUGCAGGCUAGAGCAUCCAGCUGCCACUAAAUUCCGCAGUCAUGUCAUGGAAGGAGAGUGGGACAAGGCUGAAAGUGACCUCAAUGAGCUCAAAGCACUGAUGCGCUCUCCUGGUGCUAUAGUGCGCAUGAAGUUCCUGCUGCUGCAGCAGAAAUACCUGGAGUACCUGGAGGAUGGGAAGGUUCUGGAGGCGCUACAGGUGCUCAGGGCAGAGCUCACCCCGCUCAAGUACAACACCGAGAGGAUUCAUGUUCUCAGCGGGUAUCUCAUGUGCAGCCACGCAGAGGACCUGCGAGCCAAGGCCGAGUGGGAAGGCAAGGGAACCGCCUCUCGCACAAAACUACUGGACAAGCUACAGACGUACCUGCCCCCCUCGGUGAUGUUGCCCCCGCGGCGGCUGCAGACGCUGCUGCGUCAGGCGGUGGAGCUGCAGAGGGAGCGCUGCCUCUACCACAACACCAAGCUGGACAGCAGCCUGGGCUCCGUCUCCCUGCUCCUGGACCACGUCUGCAGCAGGAAACAGUUUCCAUGCUACACCCAGCAGAUACUCACAGAACACUGUAAUGAGGUGUGGUUCUGCAAGUUCUCCAAUGACGGCACCAAACUGGCCACCGGCUCCAAAGACACCACUGUCAUCGUUUGGCAGGUCGACGCAGAGACGCAGCAGCUGAAGCAGCUGAAGACCCUGGAGGGCCACGCCUACGGAGUGUCCUACCUGGCGUGGAGUCCCGACGACACUUACCUGAUCGCCUGCGGCCCCGACGACUGCUCCGAGCUCUGGCUCUGGAAUGUACAGACAGGGGAGCUGCGGACAAAGAUGACCCAGUCCCACGAGGACAGCCUGACCAGUGUGGCCUGGAACCCCGACGGCAAGCGCUUCGUCACCGGUGGCCAAAGGGGACAGUUCUACCAGUGUGACCUGGAUGGCAACCUGCUGGACUCAUGGGAAGGCGUGCGCGUCCAGUGUCUCUGGUGCUUGGGUGACGGUCGCUCCGUCCUGGCCUCCGACACGCACCAGCGUAUCCGUGGUUACAACUUCGAGGACCUCACCGACAGGAACAUAGUGCAAGAGGACCACCCCAUCAUGUCCUUCACUGUAUCAAAGAACGGACGCCUGGCUCUUCUCAAUGUGGCCACUCAGGGUGUGCAUCUCUGGGACCUGCAAGACCGUGUGUUGGUGAGGAAGUACCAGGGAGUGACUCAGGGCUUCUACACCAUCCACUCCUGCUUUGGAGGACACAACGAGGACUUCAUCGCCAGCGGCAGUGAAGACCACAAAGUGUACAUAUGGCACAAGCGCAGUGAGCUGCCCAUCGCAGAGCUGACUGGACACACGCGCACGGUCAACUGUGUGAGCUGGAACCCUGCGCUGCCGGGCCUCAUGGCCAGCGCCUCCGACGACGGCACCGUCCGAAUCUGGGGGCCCGCCCCCUUCCUGGACCCGCAGGACUCUGAGGGCCUCAACGAAUGCUGUAGCAUGGACAGCUGAUGGUGACUCCAAAACAGAGGACCUGUCGUGUUAAAACCUACAAACAAUGUUAACGCACACUAUAGACUAAUAGAAGCAUUGAAUCAAGACUGAUGCGAAGAAGUAGAAGAUUAUGAUGAUGAUGAUGAUGAUGAUGAAGGUUAUAUUGAAGAUGGAGAGAAAUGUAGCCAUGGGUUUCAGGCGUUCCUCUGAUUGGUUGCCGUCUUGGCCCGUCAGGAGGAUGGACGUCCAAUGGAACAGCUGGGCGGAUAACUUGAAUGGAACAACUCCCCCAGCGGCCGCUCUGAUUGGCCGAUCUGGGGACCGUUUGGCUCGUCACUUCACGUCAGCGGUGUCUUGUCUGGCGUCCCCCCCCCCCCCCCCCCCUCCCCUGGUGAUGCGAGUAUCUACACAAGGCCUUGGGCCCCCCCCCUCACCCACCCCCACCUGCCAACUGCACUUGAACUAGGCCACCGCAGGUUAUUUAUUGCUCAUUAUUUAUUAUGAUUACGGAUGGAUGGCUCUGGAGCGGACGGAUGCAGCCUUGAGUGGCUGUGGUGGUCGCACACAAUAACCUACUGUGUUAAAACACACUUCUCUUUUCCUUUUUAAUCCCGUUUUUUGAGGGGGGAGGGGGAGGGGGGGGGGGGCAGCGAGGCUGUCAUAGUGGCUCCGCUCAAACUCUCAUAUGCGCUUUGCUGCCUCGAAGCCCCCCUGCUUUUUUGUUUUCUUCUUCUCUGCAGGCGUGUUGGGGUGGGAGACGAGAGAGGAGAGGGGCUUGUGGGUAGCCGCUGAGAAAGGCAUUGUGGGAUAUUGGUGGUGGGCUAGGUCGCUUUAGGGUUGGUGGUGGGGGGGGGGGUCGCAAUGGGUGUAGGAAAACAGCUUUCAUAUCUACAUAUUUCCGCAUGAACUCCUAGCCCGUUCAGCCUGUGUUUUUGUGGAUGCGUGUGUGUUUGUGUGUCUGUCUGUCUGUCUGUCUGUGUGUGUGAGAGACAAUUGAGGUAAAUGAUGUUUUCACCAGCAGAAAAUAAUGAUGUCGUAAUUUACUUUCAUAAUUUCUUUUUUUAAUCUGUGAAGCCGAUUUUAAUCAGUAAGAAUCACAGGCCCUUUUUUUUAACUGUCCCGAGUGUCAAACACUACAAAGGAAACCAGAAAAGUGUGUGUGAGUGUGUGACCUGAGACCUGAGAACUGAACCACUUCUGUUGCCGUAGGGUUCUUUGGCAUUGGCUAGACUGAUUGGUAUGCUGUCCAAUAAGGAGCAGCUUUGUGGGCGGACGCUCCACCCAAUUGGCUCUGCACAGACACAGACACAGACACAGACACAGACACAGACACAGACACAGACACAGACACAGACACAGACACAGACACAGACACAGACACAGACACAGACACAGACACAGACACAGACACAGACACUCUCCCUUCCAGCCUCGGCGUCUGAGGCACCAGGGAGCCCAACAUAUCUGAACCCCACCACUGAGGCCAUUUUGAGGCGUUUCAGCGCUCCACACACACACACACACACACACACACAUAGACUAUGCUCACUAGCACACUAGCAGCAGUGGAAAUACAAACGGCCAGAUUGUUCCUCCUGGGAGGUCACGGGCAGGCCAUGUGUAAAUGCCUGUG